AUGAAGAACAUAAUUAAUCAAUCUGGGCAAGAGAGUACCAAACUUCCGGACGAGAGGGAAAAGAGCCCUAUCAUCACUACAGUUCUAUCUCUAGAAGGUGAACUUAUUGAGGUCAACGAAAAAGAUGCCGACCAAGCUUUACAGUACGCCUUGGGAACAGAAAGUCUUGAGUUAGAUCCGGAGGUUGAAAAGAAGCUAAUAAGAAAGAUUGACUGGUGCAUCCUGCCCAUAAUAGUGGCUCUGAUGUCGUGCCAGCUGAUGGACAAAACCACAAAUUCCUACGCUUCUAUUAUGGGCUUAACCACAGACUUGGAUAUGACUAGUCAAGCCUAUUCGUGGGUAGGAAGUUCCUUCUACUUUGGGUACUUGAUCUUCCAAUUCCCAGCAAACUUACUUUUACAAAGAUUCCCGCUAUCCAAGACUCUUGGCUGUGCUGUAAUAUUAUGGGGUAUUAUUCUUAUGUGUCACGCUGCUUGCUUUUCCUCCGCUCCUUUCCUUGUGUGCCGCGUUUUGCUUGGUGUUUUCGAAGGCUUCAUGAACCCUGCUUACAUUUUGCUAACAGCGCAAUGGUACAAAAAGAGCGAGCAGUUUAUGAGAUCUUGCAUUUGGUUUGGAUUCCAAGGUUUCGGAACGAUUUUAGGCGCUGGUAUUGCAUACGGGCUCGUUUCACACAAUAACUACGCUUUGUCGUCAUGGAGACUGCUUUAUAUCAUUACUGGAGUUAUCACCAUUGCAUUGGGUAUCAUUUCUGUUGUCCACAUUCCUGAUAUUCCAGUCAAGGCAUGGUUUUUGAACGAAACUGAAAAGAAAUACUGUGUCGAGAGAAUCAGAAGCAAUCAGCAAGGUUUCGGUAAUCAGCGCUUCAAGAUUGGUCAACUACGCGAAGCGUUCAAAGAUCUGAGAACUUUGAUUUUCUUUGUGUAUGGAAUGUCUUAUGCCAUUCCCAAUGGUGGCUUUACGAAUUUUGGUUCUAUUCUUCUACACAAAGAUUUUGGAUUUUCUACGAAAGAGUCUUUAUUGAUGAACAUGCCAGGUGGUGGGAUUGACAUUAUUAUUCCAUUUGUUGUGGCGUAUAUCAGCGUUAAACUUUUCAAGGGUGACAGACUGAUCAUUUGCUUCAUUGUUAACUCACUUGUCAUUGUUGGAAUGUGUCUUUUGAAUUUUACGGCGCAUAAAGGGUCCAAAUUAGCGGGAUAUUUAUCCUUCUAUGCUGCAACAGCCGUGGUAUCCGGUAUUGUUUCAUGUAUCUCUUCAAACACUGCUGGCCACACAAAAAAAGUCACUGUGAAUACCAUUUUUCUCAUUGGAUACUGCGUUGGUAACAUCAUUGGCCCACAAAGUUUCCGCGCCAACCAGGCUCCAAACUAUGCUGGUGCCAAAAUCGCUAUGCUAGUUUCUUUUUGCAUGGGUGAUGUUUGCAUUGCGGCGAUGUACUUUUUGAACAAGAGGGACAACAAGAUUCGUGAUGAAAAAAGGGCUUCUCUUGGCGAAGACUAUCCAGAACCGGAUAACCUUGCUUUUUCGGAUCUGACGGACAAGGAGAAUCCUGCAUUCAGAUACUCUCUUUAG